AUGACGAGACUACCUCCGGAGCUCAUAAUAGAGAUCGUGAGGGCCGUCCAUGACGGCACUUUCAUCCCCGACCCUCUCACACGAUCUACUCUGGCCUCUCUAUGCACAACGUCACGCUUUGUCUCCGACUUGGCCAUCUCAUUGCUGUACUCCUCCAUUCGCGUGGUUUUACCCAGAACCUGCGUCGAUAGUCUCGUUCGGUCCCCGCACGUAUCAAAGCAUCUCAGGACCAUAACCAUAUCCGAGCGCUGUGAACAUUUGGACCAGUUCCUCAAGGAGAUCCUCGGCGUGAGUGAACUUCUUGUUCACGCACGGGAGACGUUACGGACCGUCAUCUUGGAUGUACCCCUGGAUCUAACAAGAGAGCUGUAUGGCGAUCGCUUGGAAUUGCGAAAUUUGCGCAAUGCUCUCGACGACCUCCCGUCUAUCGAGACCAUCGUCAGUUGCCAGGAUUCGCUCAAUUUCCCCGAAACCCACAGCACAGACAGGGCACAAUUCGCGAACGUUUGUCUGGCCCAUCCAUCGCUCGAGGUGUUAUUUCUUCGCACCCCCAAAUUUGGUCUGCCAUUGAAUUUCACGGCUUUGGGAGAGUUGGUCCGGAAGAACUCCCGCGCCAUCGACAUCUACCUUUGCGAUUCCCCAGAGGUUUUAUCCAGCGAAUGGAUGCAGCCCGUGCGGGACUUGGCCAUAUCGCACGCGAACCUUCGCCUCAUCGAGCUUCCGAAGGAGUUCAACGACCGAGUUACGGGGCAAGUUUGGGUCAGAGAGAUGGCGGAGGGCGGGAUGCUAUGGCACCUUCCGGAGGGAGCAGUGGCAUGGAAUGACCAGCAUGCUGAGGAGUUUCCGAGUCCCUGGCUGCGUCUGGUGCCUACUGGAACCUGCUCGCUGCAGUAG